AUGUCCACACCUGUCCACACGGAUGGCUCGUACUUGGCCGAGUUCCUGCUGGAGAAAGGCUACGAGGUCCAUGGGAUUGUUCGGCGAUCCAGUUCGUUCAACACAGGCCGGAUUGAACAUCUGUAUAAGAACCCUCAGGCGCACAUCGAAGGAAACAUGAAGUUGCACUACGGUGACCUCACAGACAGCACCUGCCUCGUGAAGAUCAUCAACGAGGUCAGGCCCACGGAGAUCUACAACCUCGGGGCCCAGAGCCACGUCAAAAUUUCAUUUGACCUGGCUGAAUACACUGCAGAUGUGGAUGGCGUCGGCACUCUGCGGCUCCUGGAUGCAGUCAAGACCUGUGGCCUCAUCGACUCUGUGAAGUUCUACCAAGCCUCCACCAGUGAGCUUUAUGGGAAAGUGCAAGAAAUCCCGCAGAAGGAGACCACUCCUUUCUAUCCUCGGUCCCCUUACGGGGCAGCCAAGCUCUAUGCCUACUGGAUUGUGGUGAACUUCCGCGAGGCGUAUAACCUCUUUGCAGUGAACGGCAUUCUCUUCAAUCACGAGAGCCCCAGACGAGGAGCUAAUUUUGUUACUCGAAAAAUUAGCCGGUCAGUAGCUAAGAUUUACCUUGGACAACUGGAAUGUUUCAGUUUGGGAAAUCUGGAUGCCAAACGAGAUUGGGGCCAUGCCAAGGACUAUGUCGAGGCCAUGUGGCUGAUGUUGCAGAACGAAGAGCCAGAGGACUUUGUCAUAGCGACUGGGGAAGUCCACAGCGUCCGAGAAUUCGUGGAGAAGUCAUUUCUGCACAUUGGGAAAACCAUUGUGUGGGAAGGAAAGAAUGAAAAUGAAGUGGGCAGAUGCAAAGAGACCGGAAAAGUGCACGUGACUGUGGACCUCAAAUACUACCGACCAACUGAAGUGAUGCCGCACAUAAUUCUGUUGUGA